AUGCAAUCAAUUCGCCCUUGGGCUUGGUCCCGUGGCUUGAAUGUCCUAAGCUUCAGUGCAGGUCACCUCCGACAAUCCCGUAUUCAGCCCCUCAUCCGGGCCCGACUAACACAACAGCCUACCCGGAAUGGUAGCUCUGCUUCUUCUCCCGAAAAAGCUUUUCAGGAACGAGUACAGGAGAUCAAGUCUGCUUGUGCAGACCCAUAUCCCCGUCUCGCGGUGGACAGCCGCACUCUAAGCUGCAAGGAGUUCCGUUCCCGGUACGACGGGUUAGCCAACAAUGAUUCUGUAGAAGACACGGUCGUUAUCUCUGGGAGCAAAUUGAUUUUUUUCGAUAUCAUUCAAGAUGGCCAUAAAAUCCAAGUCAUGUGCAACAAACGCCAGCUCGAGGGCAUCGAACCUACUGAGUUUAAAAAGCUGUAUCGACUGCUUCGCCGUGGUGAUGCAUUUACCGUAACUGGUAAUCCGCAUCGCACUGGUCGUGGCGAGCUUACUAUCAAUGCAACACAGCUACCUCAGCUGCUUGCACCAUGUCUGCAUGACGUUCCCGUUCAUGAUAGCUCGCAUGAAAUCUCACCAUACCCACGCCAUGUCCAAUUCCUGGCUGAUCCGACGGCGGCGGAUAUCAUUCGAACUAGAUCCGUUCUGACUCAAUAUCUUCGUCAAUUCUUCGUUGAUCGUUCCUUUAUGGAAGUCAGCACACCUAUCAUUGGAGCUGUGGCUGGUGGUGCUAUUGCCCGCCCAUUCAUCACCCACGGCACUGAGUUCCCAGAGCGCGAGCUUUCGCUGCGUAUUGCACCAGAAUUAUGGCUGAAGCGGCUCGUGGUGGGUGGGUUUGACCGAGUGUUCGAGAUCGGACCGUCAUUCCGUAACGAAGGAAUUGACAAAACCCAUAAUCCCGAGUUCACAACCUGCGAGUUCUACCAAGCAUACGCCAACCUAGAAGACUUGAUGCGCACCACCGAAGACCUACUGUCCGGCAUGGCCACUCAUAUCCAAACCCAAAAAACUACUCUCCCACCCACCCAAGUCAACUUCACCGCACCAUUCAAGCGUAUCGACUUCAUAACCGGUAUCGAAGAUGCCAUCAACCAGAAACUUCCCGACCUCAACUCCCCCGAUGCCCUCGAUCAAAUCCGCAACAUCUUCCAAACUCUUUCUCUCCCCCUCCCUGAAAAUGCAACCCUCCCCCGCCUCCUUGACGAACUCUGCAGCAUUUACGUCGAACCCCAGUGCGUCGAUCCAACCUUCAUCAUAAACCCUCCCGAAUGUCUCUCUCCGCUCUCAAAAUCUUUCACACACCCCACAACUGGCCAAUGUGUAGCUGCGCGUGGUGAACUAUUCAUCCAGGGCAAGGAGUUGAUCAAUACCUACGAAGAGGAAAACUCGCCUUUCGAGCAGCGCCGCAAGUUCGAGGACCAAUUGCGGUUCAGUCAUGCGGCUGGUGAGCCUGGCGAGAUUGAUGAGAGUUAUCUUGAGGCGUUGGAGUGGGGACUUCCUGCGACUGGUGGAUGGGGAUGUGGCAUUGAUCGCCUGGUGAUGCUUUUCACAGGUGCGAAGCGCAUUAGUGAUGUGUUGGCUUUUGGAAAUUUGAGGACCGUUACCAGACGGCCUGGUUCAAGUGAGGCAUAA